AUGUUGCCGCUGCUGCUGGCGGCGCUCGGAGUGCCCGGGGCAGCCGCCUUCGUGCUCCAGCUGUCCUCCUGGUGCUGGCUGGCCCCCGACGGCUCCCUGAUGGCCACCAACGACUCGCAGGGGGUGAUCCUGGCGCUGUCCAAGUCACCGCUGGUCUGCGGGGACCUGCGGGGACCCCAAACUGUCCCCUGCCCCGGCGCGGGGGGACCCUUGGGGACACUUGGGGACAGACUGGCCCAGGUCUUGGAGAAGGAUCCGAGGUGGGGACAGCGGCUGGGCCAGCGGCAGCGGCUGUGCCGGGAGCUGCCGGGAAAGGUGUGGCCACCGGCCAGCGCGCCGCCGCGGCUGCGCAUCGUCCCCGAGCGCUCGGGCCACGCGCUGGCCCUGACGUGUCACGCCUGGGGCUUCACCCCCCCCGAGGUCACCCUGAGGUGGCUCCGCAACGGGGAAGUCGUCGGGGACACUCGAGGACAAUCGCGGGCGCUGCCGGUCGGGGACGGAACAUUCCGGACGCAGGUGACGAUCGAGGUGGCACCGGGGACAAGGGACACCUUGGAGUGCUCGGCGCUGCACCCCAGCCUGCAGGAGCCCGUCAGCGUCACGUGGGCCCCAGGAUUGUCCCCAAGCCUGUCCCUCGUGGUGGCCCUGGCGGUGCUGGCCCUGCUGCUGGGGCUGCUCCUCUUCACCUUCGGCCUCUGCCGCUACCUGGGCUCAGGUUUCACCUCCAGUGCCACCCACGCAGGUUACGCCCCCCUCCCAGGUGACACCUAUGCAGGUGGCAUCUGA